UUUGGCAACCCUGAACCAAGAACCAGCUGACAGUGUUGAAUCCUGUUUUCGAGCGAGUUCGAAAUUGCGGGCUAUCAAAAGGGUAUAAGGACAAUUGAAGCUUGCCAAGUGCAGCUGCAGAGAUGUCAAGCAUGGCAGACGUUUGUCGCUCUUGUUUCAAAAGUUCAAACAUGCUGGUGGACAUAUUUGCCGAGCGGCAUGAGGAUGAGCCCAGUUUGGCCACAAUGUUAAGUCAAUGCGGAGAUUGCGAGGUUAAAUGCGACGAUGCACUGCCCAAGCAGUUGUGCCUCGACUGUGCUCUUGCCACGAAAAAUGCGUUCAGCCUAAGGCGCAGCCUGCUCAGCUCAGAUAGUGGCGUGUAUAUGGAAGCAGCUGAGGCAUAUGGGCCACUCGAGGACAGCGACAUAGACUUGGCUCAUCUUCACUUCGAGUCUAUGCUGGAAAUGGGCACGGCUGCGGGAAGCAUUGGAGCAGCAAGCAGCGAAGAGGACAACCAAGAAAAUCGUACACCAACUCCCGAUGAUGUGACCAAAUCGCAACGCUAUCCGAUUCGUAAGCGCAAGCGCAAACGCUACGCGAGCGAGGAGCGUUAUUCCAGCGAUGGGUCCUAUACCGGCGAGGAACGUGAUUCUAGCGAGGAGAACUGUUCAUCUGAGAAGUUGACCAGGCAGAAGAAAGUAAAGAAACCCAAUUUUCGCAACAAAGAGCGUCCCUGCAAGUGUCCGUAUCCUCGCUGCACGGCCGAUUUUAUGUCCAACAAGGGCCUGAACGCCCAUAUGAAACGACAUGGAAAACGUACGCACAUUUGCGACAAGUGUCCCAAGGCAUUUGUCAGAAAAUAUGAUCUCGAUGAGCACCGGCGCAUUCACACCGGCGAACGACCCUUCAAAUGCCCCCACUGUCCACAGAGCUUCACAUGGAACAACGUGCUCCGGCUGCACGUUCGCACGCACACGGGUGAGCGUCCCUUCCAGUGCGUCAACUGCCCGAAGAGCUUCGCCUCCAGCCAUUCGCUGAACGAGCACAGACGCGUCCACACCAAGCACUGCGCCUUCGUGUGUCCCCACUGUCAGAGUUCGUUUAGGCACAGCAAGACCCUCAAGCGACAUAUUCUGGGACACGGCAAAGAUUUAACAACAUAAAAUGAAUCUAACCAAAUGCGCAUAAGUACAAAUAGGAAAGCGUCAUAAAGUUAACUUGUUAGUUAGUCUUAAGAUUGAAAUGAAUUCAUAAUAUUUUCUGUUUAAGACAGAAGUCGCAUGUUUUAAAAGAUUAAGAACUUGAAUUCUUAUGCUUUAGUCUUAGAUACGUCUUGAAAAUAUUUUAUUGAAUCUUUUUUUUAUGAUCAAUUAUUAUGACUUAAGCGCCUUUUAAAAGAUUCUUUGGGUACGAAGUUCAGCUCAUAUGUUAAUUUUAGUUUGAACUUCAAUUUAAUUGUUAUGAUUCUUCUUUCUCCUUCUGUCUCACAAUUUAAAAAGAGUAUUCGGUCUUCGGCGUGUCAAAUAUAAAUCGACCUAAUCUAAUAAAUUUUAAUCCCGGUUUGAAUUUGAAAAUCUACAUUUAAUUUAUAUUUUUAAAAUAAAGGCUUGCAGCUGAAAUCGUAUUGAUUGAAA